GUUCAAUCAAUGUUUGAAAAAGUUGAGUGAAGCUAUAUUGCUCGGUUGCUCACAAGAAGAAUAAACGAGACAGGCAAGGCAAAUUCUAGCCACGAACAUUUACAAACACUUCAAUCUUACAGAACAACAUCAUGUCUCAAGACGCUGUCAAGCUGGCCUCUGGCCAUCAGAUGCCUCUUGUUGGGUUUGGGCUCUGGAAAGUCCCAAAGGAUACAGCCGCGGAUACCGUCUACAACGCCAUUAAGUCAGGUUAUAGGCUGUUCGACGGAGCGUAUGAUUACCAGAACGAAAAGGAGGCCGGGGAAGGCAUCAAGCGUGCCAUCAGCGAAGGCCUGGUCAAGCGUGAGGAUAUCUUCAUUACAACCAAGCUCUGGAAUAAUUAUCACGCGAAAGAGCACGCAUUGCCAAUGAUCAAAGCACAAAAUGAAUCUUGGGGACUGGGAUACAUCGACCUACUCCUGAUUCAUUUCCCAUCUGCUUUGGAAUAUGUCGAUCCCGAGAAGAAGCGCUACCCUGGUUGGUGGCUAGCGGAUGGCAAGACCGUGAAGCCCGCCAAGGUCUCCAACCGCGAGACGUGGGAGUCACUUGAAACCGCCGUUGACCAAGGCAUCGCUCGUUCAAUCGGCAUCUCCAACUUCCAAGGGCAGUCACUGUACGACCUCUUCACAUACAACAGACACCCAGUGUCUUCCCUCCAAAUCGAGCACCAUCCAUACCUCACACAGCCCGGUCUCGUCAAUCUUGCCCAAACACACGGUAUUGUCGUCACAGCAUACUCGUCUUUCGGUCCCCAAUCAUUCCUUGAGCUCCCUCCCGCUUUCCGCGAGCGUACUGAGGGACUGCCUUCGCUAUUUGACUCUGAGGUCAUUAAGAAGAUUGCCUCAGAACAUGGCAAGACGCCUUCUCAAGUCUUGCUUCGCUUUGCAACACAAAGAAACAUCGCGGUGAUCCCCAAGUCAAACAACAAGGAUCGUCUUGCGCAGAACUUGGAUGUCACCGGCUUCGAUCUUUCGACAGAAAACAUCGAAUCGAUAUUGGCGCUCGACAAGGGACUCAGGUUCAAUGAUCCUGGUUUCUAUCUGAAAGACUACCCACUGCAUAUAUUUACAUAGACGAGACCUUAUGUGUCAUGAUAUGACGACUUGCAGCCGACUAUCAUUAUGCGAGGUUCUAAUUCGAUCCUCACUUUCUUGGACAAUUGAUCUGGCGAGGUAACAGGUCACAGGCCGCCAGGACAGAUUCGAGAUGCAUGACGCAGCCUGCUUGUAAGGACCUGGGGAGAGAGUAUAUGAUAAUGACGAUGAACAUAU